CGAGAGUUGAUUUUAAAUGAUUGACGACAAGAUUGGCUUGGGUUUCGUCCACAACUAAUAACGAACCACCACUAAUUAUACAGGUUUUGGAUAUUGCAAGAUUUGUGAUUUUGUUCCACAACGAAAGCAAUGACUUUGAAAGUCCUGCUGGGUUUCUGAGAUGGCGACCCAGUAUGUGACCAAGAUUGAACUUGCCAUAUCCUGCAAAAACCUUCUCGACAAAGAUAUUGGCUCAAAAUCAGACCCACUGUGUGUUCUGCUGCAGAAUGUGGGGGAUGACAAGUGGACUGAGGUGGACCGCACAGAGAAAGUGAAGAACUGCCAGGACCCAGAGUUUUCUAAAAGACUAUGUAUUGACUAUUUUUUUGAGAGGGUGCAAAAACUAAAGCUAGGUAUCUAUGACAUUGACAACAAAUCUGUCGACCUGAAAGAUGAUGACUACUUGGGAGGUUUUGAGUGUACCCUUGGCCAGGUUGUGUCAAGUAAGAAGAUUACCAACCCCCUUCAGCUCAAACCAGGCAAACCAGCAGGCAAAGGCAUUAUAACGAUUGUCGCAGAAGAAGUGAAGGACAACCGAGCCAUUGUGCUGGAAAUCGAAGCCAAAAACCUGGACAAGAAGGAUAUGUUUGGCAAAUCUGAUCCUUUCCUGGAGUUCUUCAAGCAGGCUGAUGAUGGCACAUGGCAGCUAGUCCACAGGACCGAGGUCGUUAAGAAUAAUUUGAACCCAUCCUGGAAGAAAUUCACUGUUUCUUUACAUACAUUCUGUAAUGGAGACCUGAACAAGCCAAUGAAGGUCCACUGCUUUGAUUAUGAUAGCGAUGGCUCACAUGAUCUCAUUGGCGUUUUUCAAACUAAAGUGGCUGAGCUUCUGAAAGUAGACAGUGGUUCUCUGGUGGAGUUUGAGUGCAUUCAUCCAGAGAAGCAGAAGAAGAAAAAGAGCUAUAAGAAUUCCGGCGUUGUCCGUUUCAAAUACUGCAAGAUAGAGGCACAGUACACAUUCCUCGACUAUGUGAUGGGAGGUUGCCAAAUUAAUUUCACGGUGGGUAUCGACUUCACCGGCUCUAAUGGAGACCCUCGCUCUAAGGACUCUCUGCACUACCUCAGUCCUGAUGGGGUGAACCAGUACCUCAGUGCAAUCUGGUCUGUCGGCCUUGUGAUCCAGGAUUAUGACAUGGAUAAAUUGUUUCCUGCUUUUGGGUUUGGUGCUCAGGUGCCUCCAAAUUUUGAGGUGUCACAUGAGUUUGCUCUAAAUUUCAAUCCCAGUAACCCUUCCUGCCAAGGAGUGGAGGGCAUCGUACAGGCGUAUCGCGCUAUUCUGCCACAGCUGCGUCUGUACGGCCCAACUAACUUUUCCCCCAUCAUCAACCAUGUGGCUCGUAUCGCUGCAACAGCAGCUCAGCAGCCAACUGCAGCGCAAUAUUUUGUGCUGUUGAUCAUAACUGAUGGAGAGAUUACUGAUCUGGACCAGACCAAGCAGGCCAUAGUGAACAGCUCCAAGCUCCCCAUGUCCAUCAUUAUUGUGGGUGUUGGUGAGGCGGACUUCAAGGCCAUGGAGGUAUUGGAUGGAGAUAAAGGUGUACUUAAAUCUCCCUCUGGGGAACCAGUGGCAAGAGAUAUAGUACAGUUUGUGCCUUUCAGAGACUUUGUCAAGGCUCCCAAAGAAGCUCUGGCCCAAAGUGUUCUUGCUGAAGUGCCUGGUCAGCUGGUGACUUACUUCAAGCUGAGGAAUCUGAGCCCUGUCAACCCUCCUGUUCCUAAAAAAUAGAGGCAGGUGUUUGCAUGUUCAGGGGAAAAAUCAUUAUGAAGACUUUUUUUUUUUUUUGUAUAAUGCAAUGAAAAUAAUGCCUGGCACAGUAGCCUUCGUUAGCCAUAUUUUCUGAUAAACUUUCCACUGUAUUUACACUUUCCAAUUUAACCUUCUUCAAAUGUUAUGGCGCGCAACAGUGAUGGUUUUUGAGUUCUGGAUUAUAGACUUAUAAUUGGGUUCUGUCUCUCAAUCACUAUUCAGUUCAUACAAAACAAUUAUGUACGUUAAAUUACAAUUAAAAUGUGUUGGCCUGUGUGGUGUUCCAUUCUUAUGCAUCUUUGUGGCUCCUAAUAAUUGUAAUUAGUCUUCCAGCAUUCCAGCUUUAAAACAGAUACUUUACAAUGGGUCACGCAGUUGGAAUUGAAACGUUUGCCUUUUCUUGGAAGUUAAUUGUAAAGAGCAAUUACUCCAUUCCCAACACACCGCACUGCUCAACAAAUGCAUUUGAAAGCGAGCAGGAAUGUUUUAAUAAGUCUUCAGUAACCCUGCUAACUCUCCACCGAACGCAGUGUUGUGAAUAAUCUUGCGUGUAAUGUAGUGUGAAUUUCUCACAUUUGCGGCGUAACUUUUAUUUAACACAAAGUAUGUCGGUCAUUGUCAGUGAAAUAUUGGAUGCUAGCCUAAAGUUAAUUGCACUUUGUAAUUCAGUUACUUCAAUUAUAGUCAUGCGCUUGGUUUUACAUUAUAUAAACUUUAAUCUGAAAGGGAGAAUAGCAGGUAUUAUCAUCUUGUGUUCAUUUGAUCUUUAGCAGAUCAUGAUCAUAAGGAAUCUCCUUUAGGGCUUAUCUCUCUUUUUUUUUUUUUUUUUUAAAUAGUAUUUAUAGAACUUCUCGAUCACUGUGGAUUCUGAAAGGUUCCGUGUGUUGAAUAGAAUUAUCCCGUCGAGCCUCCCUGAAGCAAAAUGUGUAGAAAUACCAACUAUUUGUGUAGUUCAUGUUAUGCACUUUCUUAAAAUGGUGACCAGAACUGAAACACCAGCACUAUGUAUAUCAUGCAGUCAUGUAGAUCAAUCAGUGUAUUAGGGCUUUUUUUUUUUUUACCCCCAUAUAUGCAAAUGUUCGCACCUUGACAUGCCUUAAUCAAAGUGUCAAAUAUUCUACACACAAUAUAUUUACACUUGUACAAGAUGCCAUAUACCAAUGCUUGUUGGAUACAUGCCUUAAAUAGUAUGCCUAGAGAUCAGCAUAUCUUCCUCUGUUCUGUGCAGAGUGUGUGUGUGUGUGUGUGUGUGUGUGAGAGAAAAAUGCCACUCAGCAGUUAUCACCUGCAUCUCUUUUGAUUACACAGUGCUCAGCUAUAUGCCUUUGCCAUUUAUUUUUUUUUUACAAAUAAAAAAAAUGAACUGAA